GCGGGGGCGUUGCAUUUCGAGGCAGCGGCGGAGCCAAUGCGCAGGAAGGGGCCGAGCCAUGUGGGGAGGUUGUUUACACCAGCCCGGCCCCGGGAGCUUUAACCCGGCCGGCGGCGAGGAGAAGGGCUCGGAGCGGGGGCUCCCCCGGGCGCUUGCCAUGGCGACCGCGCUGUCCCGGCGUCUGGGGAAGCGCUCCCUGCUCGGCACCCGCGUCCCUGCCGACGGGAUGCAGAUCCCGGGGUUGCAGCCCGAGCCGGGCCGGGCUCCCGCCGCCCCCGAGGACGGAUCCUGCGCGCUCUCCGCGGAGGAGAACGGCCGGGCUCCCGGAUUCUCCGGCCUCCGGCAGCUCCACUCCGGGCAGCAGGUCCUCGCCACCUCCAGCGGGCAGGAAUGUGAGCAGGGGAAGGUGCUGCUGCCAGAGCGGGGCUCGCAGGGCUGCUGGAGGGUGCAGGACGCGCUCCAACCUCCCGCCGAGAUCCUGCAGAGAUCCGUGUCCAGCAGCAUCGACGUUCCCAAGAGGAAAGGCGACGCCGCCGUGGAGAUGGACGAGAUGGUGGCAGCCCUGGUGCUGACGAGCCUGUCCUGCAGCCCCGUGGUGCAGAGCCCUCCCGCCGGCGAGAGCGGCCUCCCCCGGAAUUGUGGAGAGCUGGGACAGUACCAGGAUGGCACAGAAUCCUUAGGGAUGAUUAAG